AUGUCGUCCGUUACUAAAGAUUAUUUUUACGCCGAGAACUAUUACGAUUAUGCCGUUCAGCCUCACACAUUCGGCAACUAUACUGCUGUCUCUACCACACAUCUCCAUUGGAAUUCGUUGAUUCGUCUCAUCCUGACAAUUUUGCUGCGCAUCGGCUUUGUUUUCGUCCAGAUCGGCAGUGUGCCGAUUAACAACGUUAAUUUGAUACUCCUUCAAAAUGCAGUUGAUCUGUGUUGCGUUACCGUUAUGUACUUCCUAACGGGCUUCCUCGUUGCCUACAACGGCGACAUCAUUGGUCUGAUCGGCGCGGGUCAUUGGAUCGGUGAUCCAACGAUUGACAAGAACGAAGCGAUCGUUGGAUGGCAGGCAGUGGCAAUCGCAUCGGCGAUUUGCACCACCGCCGUCGCAGGCCGGAUGCACAUAGCAGGAUACCUGCUGGUGAGCAUCCUCUUGUCAGGCCUAAUCCAACCGUUGCUCAUCCAUUGGGCAUGGAUGGGGUGGAUGGCGGAGAACGAAUUGGGUGAAACGACGGUGAUCUUCAAGGAUCAAGCUGGUGCAGCAGUGAUUCACAUCAUCGGAGGACUCUCAGGCCUGAUCGGAUGCAUCGUUCUUGGCAGAAGAAUGUUCAGAUUGAAAGACUUGGAUGAUGCGAAUAUCAUCCCUGACUCUGCCCGGAAUGUUUUCGGAGGUCUACUGUUAAUCUUCGCUGGGCUUCAAGGUUUGUACACGAGCUCGCAUGAGCAUGACAAGUACCGAAUGUUCACACGAGACUCAUCACACGCAUACGUCAACAAUUUGCUAGCCGCGUCCUCGUGCACAUUGAUAAUCGUAGCUCUACACUUCGUCCUCGACCGUGAUAUUUAUCAUCAUUGGACGUUAAUGAGGUGCAUUCAAGGAACGAUCGCCGGCGUGGUAAUAGUGUCGGCUGCACCAAACGAUUAUUCACCGCAAGUAGCUAUCAUAUUGGGCUCCCUGGGAGGUAUCGUGUUCCAUUUCGUCUCCACAUGGAUUUUUCACAGCACCCUGGAGGAUUAUUGCAACGUCGUAGCCGUACAUCUCAUUUGCGCGAUCCUUGGGAGUAUCCUUGCUCCCUUCUGCGCGAUGCGUACAGACGAGGAUACCGUGACGAUAUUAUUGAAUUUCUCUUGGCAAUUAAUCUCUUUGGCUGCAUUGCUGGCUCUAGUUGGCACAGCAAUGUUGCUGAUCUUCGGUAUGCUGGAAUGCUGCGGAAUACUUCGUAAUAGAUCGGAAUGUUUGAAUCAUGCACAGGGCAACACUACUGUCGAUAGAGCUCCGUCAAGAUCGUUUCUGCAAAGGCUUUUCUGUCCUAAUAGUGGUUGCCUUUACCUGGACUCAACUUCUAACACGGGACAUGAUCCGUGCAUUGGUUUCAGAUUUUUGAAAUAUCAAGAAAAGAUAAAUGAACUUGAAGAAGAAAGGCCUACCGUCACGAACCAACAGGACGUGAACAUCAAAAUUGAAGCUGACGUUACAAAAAUUCCAAUGCUGGUAGGAGCAAGAGUAAAGAAAGUGAGACAAGUGCAUACUUUAUCUGGGAGUACUCCGGCGUUAAUAGAAAAUGGAGGUGGUACUGGUGAAUCGAUUGGCAAGGAUCUUUCAGAAAUUGGAGGGAAAAGAUUUCUUGGAAAGGAGAUAAAGUGUACUUUAGAUCCUAUUGAAGAAAUAAAUGAAGAGAUUUUGAAAGAAUUUGAAAUCGAGAAAAAUAGCGUGCAAUUCAGUAUCGAAGAUUGUAAUGCUGGGGACAAAAAUCCAAUCUCGGAAUAUUUUAACGUGUCUGAAGAUCGAAAGGACUUGAACGAAUCGAAUUAUCAGCUUCGAAGGACCAUAAAAUUUAUGAAUUUACAUCAUGAAUUUGUCAAAGAAGAUUUAAAAGUUGUGUUGGGACCAAAUCGCUUGGAUUCUUCAUCUAGCGAUUCAUGCGACGAUGACACUAUCUUUACAAAAACAUCAGACUUGAACGAGUCCAUAAAAGAUAUUGCAAUAAACAAGGACUCAUUGACUUACAGCGCAAAUGUAUUAUAAGUAACUCUAUCAACCAUAACAAGAGAUUCAAUUUAAAUGCGUAGAAGAUAUUGAUAUGUCGAAACA